UCAUUUUUCUCAACCAUAUAUGAAUAAAAAAAAGAGUCAGAUACACAAAUGAAUUAAGCAAUUAAGUCGAACUGAAAAUCGGCCGAGGAGAUCAAUAGAGAACGAGGGAGGGUCGUCGUGCGGCUGAUUAUUGCGCGCCACGACGUCGUUUGGAAGCUAAAACGCGGUCCAGAACGUCCGAUGCAGAGGCGGAGCUGAGCGGCGAGAGAGGAUCGAAUCGGAAAAUGUCGGUGAAGACGAAGAAGGGCGAGGCGGGCAGUAGCAGCGGCGGCGGCAGUAGUAACCACAGAGGAGAAAGCGUGGUGGUGGAUUACGGCAAAAACAAAAGCUCCUGCGGCUAUUGCAAAUCCGGUGCUCGCACCAGUAUCUCUCACGGUUUGUGGGCACAUAGCAUUACGAUCAAUGACUACCAAGAUCUUCUUGACCGUGGUUGGAGACGAUCUGGUUGUUUUCUUUACAAACCUGAGAUGGAAAGAACAUGCUGCCCUGCUUAUACUAUUCGUCUGAGAGUAGGUGAUUUUGUUCCUUCUAAGGAGCAAAUACGGGUGUCUAGACGAAUGCAAAGGUUCUUAGAAGGUACCUUGGACUGUAAGAAACCAGGGGAGUCUAUAGAGAAUCCAAAUGCUUCUAAGGACACAUGCAGCCAUACGCAUCUUGGAGUUUCAAGCUCAGCCGCGAAAGAAUCCUGUUCCAAUAACAAUGAAGAGAAGGGUGGGGAAGAAGAGAUUUUGCAUUUCUUAUCAGAUCAAGUUGAUAAUUCUGUUCGUGGUUGCUCUGAAAGUGGGGAAUUUCCUGACAUUCAAUUUCCCAAAGCUUCUGUUAAAAAGGUUUUACAAGCCAAAAGAAAGCUAUUGGUUGAAGGAUCAGAAGAUCUCUUAUACUCGAGCAAUAUUGCAUUCCAAAUAGCGGCUACUAUAAGGAAGUCAUUACCAGGUGAGAAGGAUGCCCACCAGGGAAGAUUGUUGACAAAUAUUACAGAUGAAAAGGGGCCAUCUCCAAAACUUAUUGCUCAAAAGCUAGAGAGUUCCUUGAAUCAGUUGGCAAAAACAUCUGGUCUGUUAGUCAGGGCUUGCAAUGGACAUUUAAAUUUUUAUUCUGCCACAAAACAAGCUUCCUCAUAUCAAAGUGCUCAAACUGUUAGCGUUGCUAAAGGAUCUGCUACCAGGUCUGAAAGUAAAGGGUGCGGUGUGAAAAAUAUCUCUCAAUAUAAUCCAGGAAAGAGGCCGAGGCUUGAGAUUCAUCUGAAAAGGUCCAGUUUUGAUUCAGAAGAGUACGCUUUGUAUAGACGGUAUCAAAUAGCGGUGCAUAAUGAUACCCCUGAACAUGUUACAGAAAGCUCAUACAGGAGGUUCCUGGUUGAUACUCCCUUAAAUUAUGUUCCUCCAAAAGGUGAUGGUACCGUUCCACCUUGUGGCUUUGGUUCUUUCCAUCAGCAAUAUGUGAUUGAUGGCAAGCUUGUUGCAGUCGGUGUUAUAGAUAUCCUCCCUAGAUGUUUGUCAAGUAAAUACUUAUUUUGGGACCCAGAUUUUGCCUUCCUAUCACCUGGAAAGUAUUCAGCACUACAAGAAAUAAAUUGGGUGAAAGAAAAUCAAGCCCAUUGCUCCACGCUUCAGUAUUAUUAUCUCGGUUAUUACAUUCACUCUUGCAGUAAGAUGAGAUACAAAGCAGCAUAUUGCCCGUCUGAGCUACUCUGUCCUUUACGUUACCAGUGGGUUCCUUUUGAUAUCGCCAAACCUUUGCUUGAUAAAAAGCAGUAUGCUGUUCUAUCUGAUGUUUCCAUCCGACAAGAUAGCUUGCAGCCUCAUGUUUCUGAAGAAGUCAUGAAAGUGCAACAUGAUGACAGUGGGAAAGAAGACACUAAUGAUUUUCCUAUGUACGACAAUGAAGGAGCGUUUGACUCUGAAUAUGAAAGCUCAGACAACGAACAAAAUCUGUUAUCUGCUGAUGUAGAAGAUGGAGAUGUUGGUAACAUUUUAAUCGGGUUGAAGGGAUCUCGUGUGAGAUUCAAGGAUAUAAUGUUCGCUUUUGGCGCCUCAGAACGGAGUUACUUGGAGCUACAGCUGCAUAGAUAUAUGAGAGUUGUAGGCAAAGAGCUGGCUGAGCGAAUGGUUUAUUCACUCGAGUAAUUUGGCCGUUCUCACGACUCAUAUGGAUUUCAUCACAAUGGAAAGAUUUAUACAUUGCAGUUGGAGCCGACUUUUCUGCCUGAAUCAACGACGCCUGGUCAUUUUAGCCGGGGCUAAACCCGAGAGCCAAUGUCGAAUAAUUUGGUUCGGACGUUUGUUUGCUGUUCGAAUCGCCUGUGUUCAAUAUCCGACAGACUCCUUCCCCGGAUUCAUCUUGCAGUUUGCAUGUUUUUUCUUGAUGUCAAGUCAUAUCUAUAUGAAGUAAAUUUAUCAGAGUUGCCCAAAUGCACAAUUAAGCUUGGAUUUACCCAUUUUAUAUUUUAUGUAAUAUCAGACUAAUUUUAUCGCCACCAUUACCUUGGCUGUUAAAUUAGUACAGUUGCUACUCAAGGAUGUUUAUGAACUCUUACUCAAA